AGUAAAGAUUUAUUUAAAAUAAUAUUCUGUACCUAUCGGUUGUACUGUGAUAUUUGUUCAAACCGGUUUUGAACUAUGGAAGUGAUAGACGUUAGGGUACCAGUGAAAUGUUUUCCGCGGUAUCAGUACAUGCUGAACAGAAGAAAUAAUUUGGCUGAGCGAUAUAAUGUAUUGAUGAGAAAGUAUAAAUUAGACAACUGUACACUAAACGCGGUAAAUGAUGACAAUAUCCGUCUCUUGUUUUGUAAAUCAGUUAAUUCAAAAAAUCAUUUUCCAGGCAUAGAAUUAGUUGUUCCAAGACAUCUUGACACUAUUAAAAGGAUAUAUAUCGGCAGAAAUUUCAGAGAAAGACUUACUUUAACAGAAGACAAGUGUUUUUUACUUUUAAUUGGUGGAGAUACUUUGACAUAUGACAAUUUGAAAUUGCUUAAAGACUUGCCUGUAAGCACUUUUUUGUUAUUGAAGGACAUCAAAGGAAAGAAUAUAUUGUCAGAAAUAUUACUUGGUUUUGGAAACAUCGACUUGUGCCUAGAAGAAAAUAUAAGUCCAGUACUGACAAAGCAUUUAGAAAGAUAUGCCUUGACAGGAAUGAGGGAUGCCUGCGACAAUUUGAUUUUUUUACUUACUGGUAUAAGUUCUGGAGAACCUGGUGUAUCAGAAACAGAACAAAAGACCAAAGGAGAGAUAUUUCGUGGUUCUGGAAAUAUAAAAUUGAUGAAACAACGCGCAUUAUCAGUAGGACAGGGCACCAAAGAUACUUCAAACAGAUGUUCAAAUCGACUUGGCCCCGCCAAAAACAGGAAAGAACGUUUGUAUGAUGCAAACAUUGGAAGAGUUUCAGAACAGAGUCAAAUACCAACAGAUAUUCCAGAAACAGACAUAAAUCAAAUUGAACGUCUUCAUGACGAAUUCGUUGGUACAUUCAACAGGAGUGUUCUUCCUGAAGACGAAAAACCUUAUUUUGCUGACAAGUUGUACAAGAUUGAUAAAACGAUAUUGCACAAACUUCAGGAGCAAAGUAAUUUCAUAGAAAGCAUUGGAUAUCGAUGCAGUACUCUCCAGGUUAAUAUAACCAGCUAUCCGAUUUCAGACGAGCUUAAAACAAACAUCGAACGUAUAAUGGAAGAAUACAACAUUAAAAGAUACGCUAUAGUCUCUUCGGGGAUACAGAAAUACUUAACCUGUCAUGUUGGCAAAAAAGUAAAAAUUGAAUAUGAAAAGGGUAAAUGUAUUAGCGGGACACUUGGCGGAUUCGCUACAACCUCCUCGGAAGAGUCUGAGCGAACCUGGGCAAUCCUAUCAAGACAUGUUGUAAAAGGUAGUUUUGACAGGAAGCUGUACAUCGCAAAUGACGAACAAACAUAUAUUGGAAAGGUUAUGAAAGAAGUAAAGGAAGAAACGACUGAUAAGCAAUACCUCGAUAUCGCCGCUGCAUCAUUAAAAAGAGAAAUAUCAGUUGAUCCUAGUUACAUUACUGAAGAGAAGGUCCUUGUUCCAGGAAAGCAAUGUUUCUACGAUGCUGACAAUCUAAGAGGUUUAAACGUUCAUAUUAAAGGAGCUUCAACCGAACUAGGUCUUGGCACAAUUACUAUUCCGGAACAAAUUGCAGUCCAAAACGACAAUUUGGAUGAGAACCACAUUAUUGUAGAAGAUAGGCAUGGAGGAAAUGCUUUUUGUAAAGCAGGCGAUAGUGGGGCGAUAGUGUGUGCCGAAAAUCCGGAUAAAUAUGGAGAAGAGGUCCAGUUAAUUUCAAUGGUUAUUGGAGAAAAUAUUAACAAAAAGGGUUCAUAUACUACGGUUAGACUUGACAAGGGUUUAGAACAGCUUAAAUCCUUAACUGGUAAAGAAUUCCACAUGUGUUAAUUAAAUAAUAAUUGUACAAAUUCUAUAAAUUUUUAUGGUGUUAAAGGUUUGAAAUGUGGAAGUAUGAUUGUUGACAAUCAAACAAUUCAUGUAUCACUAAUUAUUUUUAUUGAAUGCUCUAUUGUUAUUUGUAUAUUAAACAUUGAAUAAUUUUCAAAUUCAACACUGUAAAGAAUUACAUAAUCUAAGAAGUGCCUGUAAUUAUUAGAAGUCUUCCAAUAGAAGUACAACAAAAAGCCUACAGACAAAACGCCGACAUACAAAAUGCUGAUGGGACAUUAGAUCAACAAGUCAAAAGAUUGACGCGACAAAUGGUCGACAAAAAAAAAACA